AUGCCUAUCAGCGUGACAGUAGUCUUCUGCGGUUUGGCAUUGGCUCUGGCCUAUAUCACUGGGAAGAUCAUGGACCGAAACCCACAAAGCGAGAUCAAAGGUCUUGGCCUGACUGUCGUGCUUCCCGGCGACCCGAUGUACGACGACGCAAGACUGGCCUUCAACCUCCGUUACGACCUGCACCCCGCAGCCAUUUUCUAUCCGAACAGCCCGCAGGAUGUCACUAAUAUUGUCCGCCUGGGAGCGUCACUUCAAAAGCAGGUCUCUGCACGUAGUGGUGGGCAUAGCUACAUCGCGAAUGGUCUGGGCGGCCAGGAUGGAGCCUUCGUGAUUGACCUCAGCAAUCUCAAGAAGAUCACCAUCAACCAUUGUGAUGGCACGGCGGUUAUCCAGACUGGGAACAGGCUCGGAGACGUAGCACAAGCCCUGAAUGCUCAAGGCCGAGCAAUCCCUCAUGGAGUGUGCCCAUACGUUGGUAUCGGAGGUCAUGCCUGUUCGUCAUGGAAUUACAAUUUCCCUACCAUGACCGUACUUACUUCAGGCGGACGUGCAGCUUUUGGUGGUUUCGGUUUCACUUCACGCAUGUGGGGUCUUACCAUUGAUCGCAUCAUCUCUGCAGAGGUUGUGCUGGCUAACGGUUCAAUGGUCACUGCAUCUGACACCACAAAUCCAGAUAUCUUCUGGGCUAUGCGUGGUGCCGGUCCUUCCCUUGGUAUCACCACCGCCUUUACCUUUGUCACCGAGCCCAUUCCUUCGUCUGCGCUCGUAUUUCAGUACAAUUGGACCCACGUCCCCGCCGAGGACCUCACGAAGAUCAUCUCGCGAUAUCAGAUCUUCGCUCAGAACGAAACGUUGCCAUCGGAAUUCGAUGUCGAACUCAAUAUACGCCCUGGUGAUCUCGCGGGCUCCGUGACCGUUGAGAUGCUCGGUGGAUGGUACGGGGAUCCCUCGGACUUGGACGGUAUUGUACAGCCGCUGCUUGAUAGUAUUCCCAUCCGCCCCAAUGUCACCGUCACCGGCGGGACGUGGAUCGAGAGUUUAGUCGAACUGGCAGGUGGUAGCUUGAACACGACUCUGCGUGGAACGUCCAACACAUUCUAUGUGAAGUCUUUGAUGACGCCUGAAGACUCACCCAUGAGCGAUAAUGCGAUUCGUGCCUUUGCGUCGUAUAUGACGAACGAGGGACACAAAACAAGUACCGUCUGGUUUACACACAUCGAGCUGUACGGCGGGCACGACUCGGCCAUCAACGCCGUUCCGCUUGAUGCGACAUCAUUCGCGUAUCGGUCGUCGCUAUUCACGAUACAAUUUCACGCCUCGUCGUCGGAUGCUAAGCCACCCUACCCGGAUGAGGGCUUCUCGUUCUUGGAUGGUAUGGUCUCGAGCAUUAUAGAUAAUAGUCCGUCUGGGUGGAGUCACGGCGCGUAUACCAACUAUGUUGAUGACAUGUUAAGCAACUCCUCAACAUUGUAUUAUGCCUCGCACUACAAACGGCUUCAGUCCAUCAAGAGAGACGUCGAUCCUAGUAAUGUCUUCCGCUUCCCAACAUCCAUCACGCGACCUCAGUGA